CUCUCAAUGCUUUUGUUACUCUUCGCCCACUACUUUGCUUUCUCCUUUUCUUCUUUAGCGUUCAUCUUUUCAUUCAUUUUUUACUCACUUCUUCUUCUCCUUCUUCUUCUUCUCCUUCUCCUUCUUCUUCUUCUUCUCCUUCAAUUGUGUUUGUUUAUUUCGAUUUACGUAUCGUAUUUCUUACCACUUCUUUCUUUUCCCGCUCUUUUCCCGUUUCUCUCGUCCCGAUGGAAUCCAUCUCACGCACCCCCUCUCUCUCUCUCUCUCGUGUCUUUUCCCUCAUGCUACGUUCACGUUUCUUUCAUUCCUAUUCUAUCACACGUCUAUUAUUUUAUUAAUUCCAUUCAUAUUUAGGAUGCUUUUUUUCAUGAACUUCGUUUCUUUCUAAUCCUUCUUUCCCUUUUCCGUGUCUCUUUCUUUCAAAUCCCUCCUGAUUAUUCCCCUCCCCGCCUUUUGUUCCUCCUCAAUUCCAUUUCUUUUAUUUUUUCCCCCCUCUUCUCUUUCUUAUUUCCCUCAUACUUUAUAUAUUCACAUUUUUUUCGCCACUAUCCCACCAUCCUAUCAUCACUUCUUCUAUCACUCUCUCGUCACUUAAAUCAGUUUUCUCACUUGUUCCUACUACCUCUUAGUUUCAUUCGGUCCAAGACCAUCCAUUGAUCACUUCACCAUUUCUUCCUUUGAUCCACUUCUUUCCUCUUUCUUUCUCUCAUAUCUUUCACGUUUUUAUCCCAUUUUCACAUUUACUAAUUUCUUUCCCGUUUCCAUCCAUCUUCAUUUAUUUUAUAUCUUUGUAAUUUCUACUCUCUCCGAUUCCAACCGAUUCUUUUCACUCUUCUCUUUCUCCAUCUGCUCUAAGCAUUCUCCUCAGCUUUUCUUUUACCCGCUCACUUUCCUCUCACUCUCUCUUCCUUACUCCGCCUCAGUCAUUAACCCUCCUCACUUUCACGCUCAAUAUUUUUUUACAAUUUCGAUGAAAUCCCUCCCCUCAUAUCUCUCUGCAACACUCCCUCUUAUCUUUCUGCCUUUUCCUCCUCUUCCUCCCUCCCUCCUUUCACUUUCCUUUCCUCUCACUUUCACUCCCUCUCCAUCUCACUGGAUCUUUUGCCUCUCUUGUCAGUCAUACACCGUUCUGUUCAGUUCUGUUCUUGUGUGUUCAGCUCCACCCUUCACCGUGCUGUUGCAGACGACAGUUGCUACAGUAGAGGAAUGAUGCUUAUCGUUGCCAAUUUCCACUGGCCCUUCGGUAUUGAUUUGAGAAAUCAGGCAAAAGAUUUCAGAUUCAUAACUCUAACCCAAUGGAAAACAAAGCUAAGGUGGUCAUAAAUUUAAGGGAAGAACAAGAAAAGAGGUGAAAAAAAAGUUGACAAUAAAUUUCCGUGAAGAAAUGAAACACGAAAAAUAUUCCUAAUACUUAAAAAAAAAAGAGAAAAAAUAUAUUGUGUAUUCGGCGAGUGAAAUGUUUACUUAACAAACUUAAUGCUUUAGGAAAAUAUUCAUUUCAUUGAGGAAUGUUUGUUUAUUGUAUGUUUUCUCAAGCAAUAACUAUAAGAGAGAUAAAAUUUGAGAACAAAAGAAAACAAUGAACAAACUUAAAGGAUCAACUUCGUAACCACAUAUUCUAACAAGGCGGACAUAUAUAUAUAUAUAUAUAUAUAUAUAUAUUCAUUGAAUUUCGAAAGUAUUCACCUAAAAGUAUAAAAGGUACGCUAAAAGUACACAAAAUAAUAUACACUAUCCGAGAAACAAUAAAGAGAAGGGAAAUAAAACUAACGAAAAAUGUCAACUUGAAUAACACAAGGAAAUGUUAUUUUACUGAAUUUACUACACGCAUUAUAUACGCAUACAUAUAUUUUACAUACUAUAUAUGUAUACAUUACUUGUAUAGGAUCAUAAGUUAAGUUCACGAGUCCACAUUUCGUUCAGACUUAGUAAAACGGAAAACAGUAAUUAAGGGAAAUUUUAAAAAUCCUUAGAGAACCUGUGGAGGUAAAAGGGAGAAAAGAGGCCGAAUUCCUCCUGGAAUAGCAUGGCCACAGUUGGAGAUGUACACUGAUUUGGGUCCUUGUGAUCAAGAUUCCGACGAAUGUAUUUCUCUGAAUGAGUUUCACGUUUGUAACCAGGAAUGCCCACUUCUUUCCAAAGGACGUCGGGCAAGCUUGGAGUCGUCGAGUAGCAAAGACACUUCCAUAUCAGCACACCAACUUUCUCCAUUCAAAUUUUCUAAAUUUAGCCGGGAUUCUAGCAGGUUAAAAAAAAUGGGGUACGGAAGAUCUCCAUUGCUGAGUUCUCAAUCUGCCUGGGGUGAUCAGGUCAGUUUACCUCGACAAGACUCCACCGACCAAACAUUUGAGAAUGUGUCUGCGGAUGAAUCUUUCAAUUUGUCAAAUGUUAGUCGGACCUUGAGUGAACAGAUGCAUGAAUUGGUGCGUGCCUUUUCAAGUCGCACGCAAAGAGUGAAAGAAAAGACAACUCAGCCUCCCACACCAACAUCAUCAUCACUCUCCAGUCUUGAGGUCCAGUCAGUAGCAUCACAAGAUGAUAAUGACGAUGAAAAAUCUUCCCGACAACAAAUUUUGGGAUCAUUUUUACCUAUCAGCUCCCAGGGCAGUGGAUCUGUAUCAAAUGCAGAUAGUGACCUGCUCAUAAAACUUUGUUGUUGUCAAUUAAAACUACCAAAAUGCCUGAAGUGCCUGAGAUUUCCAGAGAUCCUUGAUCCUCAAAGUAAAUUAUAUAUGUCCUGGCUUGCAUUAGUUACUCUGGCUUUUUUAUACAACUGCACCGUGAUACCUCUGCGGGGUGUCUUCCCUUACCAAACAGAGGACAACUUCUACUAUUGGAUGGCAUUGGAUUACCUGUGUGACUUUGUUUAUUUAAUUGACAUCAUUAUUUUCAAGUCAAGAGUGCAAUUUGUAAAUGAAGGAUUAUUAGAGACAAAUAAAAAAAUAAUCCGCAAAAAAUAUUACAUGGGACCUAUGUUUAAGUCUGAUUUGGCCUCUUUGUUACCACUUGACUUAUUUUAUUUGCUGCCCCAUGUCAACUUUAACAGCUGGCUGCGCCUGCCAAGAAUGAUGAAGAUUCUAACAUUUUGGGAAUUCUACGAGCGUUGUGAUCAAGCAGCUCGGUCAGCACAUGCUGUGAGAAUUAUCAAAACGAUGACUUACAUGUUAUUCCUUAUUCACAUUGAAACUUGUGGUUACUAUGCAGUGUCUGAUUAUGAAGGAAUUGGUAGCAACCAAUGGGUUUACAAUGGCACUGGAAAUGCCUACAUUAGGUGUUUCUAUUUGGCUACCAAAACAGCGACUUCUAUUGGUAACAACCCAAAACCCACCAAUGAGCUAGAAUUUGUAUUCAUGACAUUCUAUUGGCUGUCAGGGGUUUUUGUUUUUGCUCUUCUUGUUGGUCAGAUCCGUGAUAUUGUACAUGCUGCAGGACAAGUAGAGGCAAGUUACAGAAAACAGAUGGACAUUACAUCGUGGUACAUGCAAUCCAUAAAUUUACCAAAAGAAAUGCAGGGAAGAGUCCGGAAUUGGUUUAAUUACAAUUGGGAACAACAAAAAACUUUAGAUGAAAAUUCUCUGAUUGAAACUUUACCCCGGAAGAUGAGAAUAGACUUAGCAAUUCAUGUACAUUAUAGCACAUUAAGCAAGUUAAAAAUAUUUCAGGACUGCGAUCAGAACUUGUUAUUUGAUUUAGUUGCCAAGUUACGACCAGUACUUUGUCUCCCAGGAGAUUUUAUUUGUCACAAGGGAGAAGUUGGUAAAGAGAUGUACAUAGUAAACAAUGGGCAGGUGGAAGUAGUUGGAGGUUCAGAUAACAACACAGUUUUGGCAACACUUCAUGAAGGCAGUGUUUUUGGAGAAAUAAGCUUGUUGGCGAUAUCAGGCAGUCGCAGAACAGCUGAUGUCCGGUGCAAAGGCUAUGUUAAUCUGUUCAUUCUAUCAAAAGCUGAUUUCAAUGAAACAAUGAAUGAUUACCCAGAAGCACAGAAGCUGUUGAAGAAACGGGCCAAGAAGCUUCUUAAAGAAAAUGCCCGUUUAGCCAGACAAGAGGCUAAACAGGAAUGUGAAGCUAUCAUCAAAAGUCCGAAAGAAACACCAAAAUUUUUAAAAACUGUAAUGAAGGUUAUGAAUCCUGAAUCUGAACUGAUGCAAAAAAUUGAGUCUAACCAGGCUAAUCUUCCAAGAUUAUCCAAUAGCAACAACAGUUUACAACGAGACCCUCAUAUUGAUCUGUCUUCAUCAACAGACCGGACAUUAAGUGAUAAUCAAGUCAACUCUUUGUCAUCAGGAAGUCUGUCUCUUUCAGAUAUUGCUGAUGAUUAUUGUGUUGAAGACAGUUUGUUUGGUGAUGAUGAUGUUUUUGAAGAAGAUCUUCUAGAUUUGGCAGAUGAUGUUUCCAGUCCCUCGUCUGACAACAACUCUAAUGUAUUUCUGGUUAAUGUUGAAACCAGCCAAAGUACUAACCAGUCAACAAGCAAUCUGUGUUCUCAUGUGAGUUCCCAGGGACUUGGUUUUACAUCUAACAACAAUAACAACAACAACUUGCCUGAAGUUGAAAUUCAAGCUGUUCCAGAUAAUCUGCACGAUUUCUGGCCUGCACCGAACUUAGUAAAAUCUUGGUCACACAAUUCCAUCAAUGUUAUGAGUCAUUUAUUGAAUACAGAACCAAGAAAACGGAAAAUUUCUAUACAUUCAAUGAGUAAUGAUAGUAUCCCUAAUGCUUUGAAAACAUGUUCAAAAAUAUCUAAUAUUGUCCCAGUGAAAGACAUAAGCAUUCCAGUUGAAAACCGAGUAACAUGUGCAGUUGAAGUUCACCAGCAGGAAUGUAUAAGUAGCCCUGUACAAAAAAGCAUCAGCUGUAACCAGCUUUACAAAGAUGAAGAAUUGUCCACAAAACUACAUUUAGUUAAUCCAUCUAGUCAGGAGACAUUGAUUUAUGAGAAUAACAAUCAAACACCAGAUCUCCUUACACAAAUUUAUCACAACAAAGACUCAACGCCUUCACCGAAACAGUCAGAAAGUAGUCAAGAAACAACUUGUUGAAUUUUUUUAUUAACUUUUUUGAGGCAAACACUAAAUCGCUUGUAAGAUUCUCAGUCUGCAUUCUGCACUGGUCAUCCCUAGUCACCACAAGGUUUUUUUUUUAAUUCUCAGCCUAAAUCAUUUGAUAAUCUUUAAUAUUCAGUACUUUAUAAUCUUUUUUUUAACUAUCUCUAAUAACAGAAAACUCAUAACAACUGUUAUUAUCCAUUAUCAUAAAAUAUAAUUUAGUAUUAAACAGUAGCAAGCAAGAAUGAAGGAAAACAAGAAAUAAGCUUCAUGGAGGCUACAUAUCUUUGAUAGCCAGUUGAAGAUAAUUCAUUUCAUUUUCAUUGGUUAUUCCUCUGGCUGUAUCACAAAAGGCCAGUUUGCCUUUACAGUAAAUCUGAUUCUUGUACCUAAUCACAAGGAAUUCAGAAUUAUGUAAUAUUUCAAAAGUGGCAAGUUGUAGGACAUGGAAGAUGUCAGAUUAGAUGACUUUUGUCUUGCUGUAUAAACUAUGAUUGGUGAAAUAUCAAUGUUAUACCUUGAUCGACUCAAAUUUCCCCUUAUGCUUAAUCAGAAGAAAUUUAUGUUAUUCAGUAUCUCGUCUAGGUAUUAAUAUCUAUAUUAGAGAUAUAAGAUAAAAUUUCACCAUGUUUGUUGUUAUAUUUCACUGAUAUUAUAGCUAAAAUUAUUAAGUAUUAUAUCUAUAUAAUUACAUGUAUAAAAUUCUAUAUUCAUUUGGUUAUUAUACAUAUAUUUAGAUGUUUUACUUUGAUGAUACUUUAAGACUUGCUUUCAAACAACCAUGUCAUUUCAUAUUGAGUAUAAAAUGUAAAACAAAAUUUGAAUACAUAUUAUAUUAGUAGAAUUAUAAGAUUUUCUUAAGAAAAUGUUCUAAUAUUGAUUAAAAGAGUGAGAAAAAAUAUUUAAGAUAUAGUAUUGUAUGAAAUGUAUGAGAACAAAAGAUUCACUGCAAUUUUACACACACACACAUAUAUGGUGGCCUCAAUAAUGUUGGUGCCACAAAAAAUGCACCUGUCAGGAAGGGUAUGCAUGACAUGGUUCUGUGUCUCACUAGCCCUAUCAAAUCAUCCAACACAUGCUGGUAUGGAACACAGACAUAUAAUACCGAUGUCAAUUAUAUAAAUAUUAUCAUUGCUUUAACAUCCACUUUUCUGUGCUUGCAUGGGUAGAAUAGAGUUUAUUGAGAUAGAUUUUCUAUGGCUAGAUGCCCUUCCUGUUAUCAUCUCUCACCUGUUUUCAAGCAAGGUGAUAUUUCCCCCAUAAUCAGACAUGUUUCCACAGAAUGUUCGAAAUGAAUGACACUGCUUGUAUAACAGUGUCACUCAUUUACAACUAUCAUGCAGUGUCAAGACAAUGGUGUAUCUAGAUUUGGAUUCGGCUAUGAAUAUUAGCCUGUAAUAUACUGGGUUACAAAAACCCUUAAGUGGAAAAAAAUAUACCAAAUUUCUGUUCAGUCUUUUCCCCCAUCCAUGAGGAUAACCCAGUACAUUACAAAGUAUUAUUUAUAGAUGUGUCAACAUCAAGAUUCACCAUUAAAAUGAUUAAUUACAUAUUUUCUUGAAGUUUCUAUAUUUUCAUAAUGCAAACACACUGACACACACAUAUACAUUAGUUGUAUAUAUAUUUUCAAUAUAGAUGUGUGUGUGUGUCUCUCUCUCUAUAUAUAUAUAUAUACACAUACACACACACACACACUGUCUCUAAAAGUGACUAA